CGAGUUAUAAGAGGAAGAGGCUACACAAGCUCCACAAAAUAGCUUCUUGUUGGUGGUAAGUCCAUCUCAAGAUGAUGAAGAAAAGCUGCUUUCUUGCUCUCUUCCUCCUACUGCACGCCCUUGCCUCCCAGGGCACAUGGUGUGGUGCUGAGGGAACCUACGUGAUUAAUGGAGCUCAUCUGAGACCUCAUCUCCAGGUUGGAGAAUUGCAUGUCACUGAAGGCAAGAAGCUUGGCCAAGAACACGAACACACACACCAUGAUGAGGUGAAGAUUCCCAUGAGAAUGGCCAUAGCUCACAGGGGUGGCAGCGCCGGCGGCGUCGGCGGCGGCACUAGGGCCGGCGGCACAAGCGUCGGCGGGAGGAAUGUCAACGGAGCUGCUGACACGCGGCCGCACACCGGGAGGAGCAGCGCGGCGGCGAUGCCGGCGCCGACGUCUAUCUUGGCGCUGGCUUUCGCCUGUGCCAUUGCUGUCUCAGCUUGCAGCUUCUAAAGCUUUGUGUGUGUAUGUGUGUGUGUGUGGUGGUGUUCUUGCAAGGAAAAAAAAGUAUAUGUAUUUUAGUUGUGUGGCAGUCUCUGAAUUUUGUGUAUCCACUUUGUCAGAAGCACACUGAAACUGUUCCGUUGCUAAUUCUUACUUUCUUAGCCUGUAUCUCAAAUUGUUGAUCUAUCAUCUGUCUCAUGCCGUCCCAAAGAUCGUUCUUUGGUUGUUGCAGUUAUAAUUCUUCACAUCUUAUGUUCAGUUCAAUUAGUAAAACACAUGCUG